AUGUCCGAGGACGUGUUUCACGUUUGUCAAGACAUCUCCAAGGAAGUGGUGGAAGUUUCAAAGUAUUACUUAGAUCAGCGUCCUUUGAAGCACACGCUUAAUUCGCACCUGCCAACGCAACAACAUUUCAAGCCUCCCUCCGACUCCGACACUAUUGAAAUUGGGGAUUACAUCCAGGUCAUGGAUGGGGAGCACACUGGGAAACGCGGCAUCGUGGAUUGGUGUUGCAAGAGAGAAAGUUAUCUGUGGUUCCGGGAUAUCCUCACUGCGCACGACACAGAGUCCAGCGACGACCUGUCGAGUAUCAAAGUUUUCACGACAAUGGUUAGGCGGACGAAUCUCGCCCAGACAAUUCAAUUCACAAAGGAAAGGGGCUAUGAUGUCAGGCCUGGAGAUGCCGUGAGUGUUGCCCGAGGGCCGGAGUUAGGGGCGAAAGGGAUCGUGCAGCGCGUAGACUUUCCAAACGCUCACUUAAUCCUGCUAUGUGAUGGUGACAAGUCGCUGAUCAACGUUCCAAUCAAAUUUGUCAUAAAACUACAGAACGCCAGCUUGGAUACUUUUAAGAAGGAUAUUGGCCAGGAAGUCUUCGUUAUCGGGGGUGAUCGGAAGGGCUACCGAGGCACCCUCUACAGUCUUUCCCUCGAGUCUUGCACCAUUGCUGUGCAUGGGCAGCCCCGCACCACGAUCAAACUCCACGACGUUGUGACCAGGUAUGGAAUGAGGUUAGACGGUGUCAUGCUCGAAGACUCGGAUUUAAUUUCAUUCUGCGAUGUGCGAAAAAGAUCGUACUUGGCGCCGCCACCUCGAAGCACCACUCCGCCUGUUGAACAAGUUCCCUCCAGUUCGUCGGCUUUGGUCACGGAUCCCAGUCUUUUGCCAUCCAACAGGUGGACCACCUGGUCUGCGAGCCCGAGGAGUGUUGAUGUGCAACAUGACCCUUCGUCGAGCAUCAAUCCCAGCUCAUCAUCGGCACUCCAGGCGUGGAAUGUUGAUGCGCUGGACAGCAUUGACACCAGAAUGGAGAAAUCCCGGGACAUCGGCCCGCUACCUUGGUUGAUGACCAAGGAGUUUUCUUUGAAGCUCCUCACAUACCAUGUGUUGUUGAAGGUCUCAGUGGGGUUCAUGAAUGGCAGGUUACAGAAGAGGUUUGUGUCAACGGCUUGUCCUGACCCGUUCUGCGUCAACGGUGCUCCCCUCUCAGGCGAGGCUCGUCGUGUCAUCGAAGAAGCAGAGGCACGUGUAGCCCAUGCCGAUAGACAGAGAGACGAGGCAGAAGCACGCAGGCUUGUUGUUCUCGAGUCUUACGACGAACUCAGCAAAUAUCUCGCCGCAAUCGAAUCCCGCGCUGCCGAUGCACGUGCUGGUUUCCAGCGUAUCCUUAGAGAUGCAGGUGGCCAUCUCGUCUUGACACCCAUCCCAAAUCAAAUCCAGCACGAUCACAGCCCCUACUCUGCGAAUCCUAGUAUCACUGUAGAACCCCCACCACGCCCCCUCCCUCCUCCCCCAUCCACUCGUGGUGUCCGUCCUCGCUCAGGCAGCUUCGAUGACACAUCUUAUCUCAUUGCACCCCUUCAGCCACCUUCCAAACGACCUCGCAAUGACCGUGGCGAAUAUGACCACAGGCCUCCACUCUCCGCUACCUCCAUGUCACGCGGUCGCAUUCCUGAUAUCGACUCCCUCCCCCAACAACUUCCUCAGAUUCAACACCACAACCAUCACCUUACCAUUCGGCCUACUCAUAAAUCUCACUCCCGAUCCAGCAGCAGAUCCAGUGUCCGUGCUACUUCACAGGACAUCGAGGACCUCCUCCUUGACGCUGCCACUGAUGAAAGGAGCGCUCUCAAUGCCCGUGACCAACAGCCACAGUCUCCCCGUGCCGUGUUGGCCGCCCACCAGUCCAAAGGUAUCCCAGUAGGUCCAUUAGAUCAACCUGGCGAACUCAGGACCUAUCAAACCCACAUUUUUGCCCCUCCCGUCACGGGCGCCCCCCAAAAGAAGGGGAAUGAGUCAUGCACCCGAGAGCUCACCUUCCCCAGCGCCCGUGAGUGUCGUACUAGAAACGCAACCCCGAGAAUUGGUCGAUUUUAGCCUUAUACUGGAGGUCAAAAUAUGCGGAGAUGUAGUAACUGUUCUAUUCGACAAUGGGAUGGGAAGAGAGGCGCAAGUAUUAUGUUUCAAUACCUCUACGCGCGUUCGAGUUGUCAUCACUGGGCUCGGUUGGGU